CUCCCAAUCUUCGGCCCGGUCUUCUCUCUCCCGCUCGCGACUUCACUCCGCUGCACGCUGGCUCGUGUACGCCCAUCUUCGACCCGUCACUUCAUCGCCUCCAACUCGCUCGCUGCUCCUCGGUCCCUCUCCGGCCCGCGCUCCAAGCGCCCACUACCGCCUCGUCAGGCCCCUACUCUUCUUUCACCGACCAACCAACAUGGUCUACCUCCGCGCACUCCUUGUCGGCGCGCUGCUCGGCGCCCACGCUGCCGCCGGUGCCUCACUGCCAGUCAGCGACAGCGCCCCCCUGCGUGCCUCUUAUGCCGACGGUGCUGCCGGUGCCAAGGUCGUGCUGGCCGCCGACCGCGACUCGCCGCGCCGCCGUGCCACUGCCGCCGCUGAGGCACAGGCUGCUGCCGCCGCCCAACUGCCUCCGAUGCGCCUGGCGCCCAUCUACCCGACGACGACGACGAGUGCGGUGCUCGACGUGCCCACCAAGGUGCCUGGCCCGGCGGUCAAUGUCGUGCCGCAGGCUCGUCCAUGGCAGUCCGAGGGCGGCCCGGUCGCCUACCCAGCCCCCACGGGCACCGCCGAGAGCCCGACACCCGCGUCGGCGCACACGUUCAAGGCGCAGCAGACCGGUCCUGCCGGCUGGCAGCUCGUCUCCAAGAGCGGCGGCAAGGCGGCCUACAAGCUCAACACCGGUCCGCCGGGCCUCAUCCUCAAGUCCAACAAUCCCUCGUACGGGCCGGGCGAGGUGCGCGCCGACCUCGUCAAGAUCAUGAAGUGGGCGUACGACGACGGCAACCUCACGCCCGACGAGAUGGACGAGACGACGGCGGCCAUCAUGAGCGCCGCCCAGCGCUACUAUCCCGACGUGCCCACGCGCGCCAUGUGCCGCAUCAUCAUGGCCGACAUCAAGGCCGAGAGCGACUUCAACCCGCGCCAGCGCUCGCCCGGCCGUCUCGACUCCGGCGAUGCCCUGGGCCUCAUGCAGAUCUCGCUCGGCACCGACGAGCUGCCGCUGUGGCAGCAGCACGCGCGCGUCUCCAAUAACACCUGGAGCUGGGCCUUCCCCGCCGCCGGCGGCGACAACGGCAUCCUCUACGACUGGCCGACGGGCAAGCAGAUGCGCCUCGGCACACUGCAGGAGGAGGACCUCUUCCGUCCCUGGCUCAACAUCCACCUCGCCAGCUGGAUCCAGAGCAACCUGGCGCGCACGUCGAGCAACGACCCGUACUACUGGGACGGCAUCCUCGCCGCGACGAAGAGCGGCAACAAGGCCGCCACGGACGCGGCGCUUGUUGGCACGGGUCUCUCGCGCACGCCGCUCACCGGCCUCGGCUCCUGGGUCGCCGGCCCCGCAUCGAGCGGGCCCGGCGGCUACGACCAGGUCGCAGACGAGAUCUCCGGCCAGUACUUCGACGCCAUCCUCGAGGGCGUGAGUGUGCUGUACGGCAAGCGCAUGGGCACCGACUGGCUCGACAGCUGGACUCUCACCGCCGGCCUCGUCGACUACCGCUGAGCUCCCGCGCCCGUCUGCCGGUCCUCUUCUCGCUGCCUCGCGACCGUCUCCUCCUCAUCCUGUAUCCAUACCACCUACACGUACGCCUUCCAUGGCCCGCACGCAAUACACAUACUAGCGCGCA